GGCUGCAAUGGCAUUGGUGGCUGUAAUUAGUAUAAAGGCUUCUAAUUAUUUGUUUUCUCAUAGAAUAGAAAAAUUCGUUCAACAGUCAGCCCGUUUUGUAUGUCUAUUUGGAUUAGCAAUUAUGGCCGCUGCCGUAUGAUCGCGACUGACGCUCAGCCGGCGUAAACAGUACCGGAGUAGCGGGUAUUAUGUCCCGUUAUUUCUCGAGCUGCCAUGCAAAAAUAUGAGAAACUUGAGAAGAUAGGAGAAGGCACUUACGGGACUGUGUUCAAGGCAAAAAACAGAGAAACGCAAGAGAUUGUUGCGUUAAAGCGUGUAAGGCUCGAUGACGACGACGAGGGGGUGCCAAGUUCUGCGUUGCGAGAGAUCUGUCUUCUUAAAGAAUUAAAGCACAAAAAUAUUGUGAGGCUACAUGAUGUUCUUCACAGUGAGAAAAAACUUACUCUUGUAUUUGAGCACUGUGACCAAGACCUGAAGAAGUAUUUUGACAGCCUCAAUGGUGAAAUUGACCUCGAAGUUGUUAAGUCUUUUAUGUUCCAGCUUCUCCGUGGCCUUGCAUUCUGCCAUAGCAAUAAUAUCCUGCAUAGAGACCUCAAGCCACAAAACCUUCUCAUUAAUAAGAAUGGAGAAUUAAAGUUAGCCGACUUUGGUCUAGCAAGGGCAUUUGGAAUUCCAGUUAGGUGCUACUCAGCUGAGGUGGUCACGCUUUGGUAUCGGCCACCAGAUGUUCUGUUUGGGGCCAAGCUCUACACAACGUCCAUUGACAUGUGGUCUGCUGGCUGCAUUUUUGCAGAGCUUGCGAAUGCAGGAAGGCCACUUUUCCCUGGGAGUGACGUUGAUGAUCAACUAAAACGGAUAUUCAAGCUCUUGGGGACACCGACUGAAGAUACUUGGCCAGGGAUGACACAGCUACCAGAUUACAAGUCGUUCCCGCUGUACCACCCAACAACCAGCUUUGCGCAAGUGGUCCCGAAGUUGAGCUGUAGAGGGCGAGACCUACUGCAGAAACUCCUAGUCUGCAAUCCAGCCAUGCGACUCUCGGCAGAAGAGGCCAUGCAGCACCCUUACUUCAGUGACCUCCCAACCUCCAUUAGAAACGGCUGAUCAUCUCGGCAUGAGUGCAUCGUGGUAACCGGUCCUAAGGCACUGUCUGCUACCGUUUCACUUCAUUUGUUUCAUUUGAAUUCAGUAAUGUAUAUACAGUCAACAUCGCAGCUAUCAUUUCAGUGUUACUACGUUAUCAUUUCUUGACUUUGUCUUUUCUCAAUGAAAGUUGAGUAUUGGAAUGCUCGUAGUGGAAUCGAUUAAUUCAACAAGUACGUACCUGAUUAAUGACAGGAAUUUGAUCGAACAAUCAACCUCGGGCAACUCGAAAUUAAAUGUACUAAGCCUUGUGGGGAUAUUCCUUCCUGGUGCCUAAUCCAUUUAAGAUUAAUUUAGUGAAGCUACGCUGUGAUUGUGAUUUCAAAAGUGUGGUGUGUUAGUGCUGUUGGGGAUCUACGUUUACAAACUGUGAGUGCAAUUCUUUUGUUGUUAAAUCAGUAGCUGAGCAUUGUGAAGUGCACUGCGAUAUUUGCACACACUGCUGAGACAGUGCCUGUCAAUUCCAGGCUGUGUGCCGAGAGUGGGACAAAGCUUUUGACGAUACUGACAGUCCGUAAACUUUGGUCCUUGAUGGUACAGACAUUGUAUCUCAGGUUGAUGCUGUUUGCCCAAUUAAAAUUUUGUGAACAUUAAUGCAUGCUUUAUAAAAAUGCUGCAGUCUUGUGAUUGCUGAAUUGCUAUAUUCUAAAACAGUUCGCACAUGUGCGAACUAUUCUACAUAGCUUUAAUGUCAUAUAACUCCCCAGAUUAGGCUGCACAAGCUCUUAUUAACAAUGAGUUUGAAUACAUGAGGCUGUGUUGUUACAAACCACUUGCAUUAGUGUUGUGAGCAAAUUUCUGGACAGCAAUGAUAUAUUAAAAUGUUUCAUGCGGUAUUUUUAUGUUCAGCUGUUUGGUAAAGAAGCAAAGGGUGUGUUGCUUGUGGCUAGGAAGACCAAGACACUGUAGGCACGAAAGUAGCGCGAGGUGCUUUAUAUUCAGGAACAGUGGUUUUUGCAUAUUCCCAUAUGCCUGCGAUACUGACAAGGAAAAUAAAAGUAACUUUUCACAGCCACAAAUGGUUUGAUGUUCACGUCUUGACGAGUUGCUAUGUUGUUUGACUAUCAAACAUAGCAUGGCUGUGCGUUUUGGGGAAAUCCUCAGAAAGAUCACCUUCAUUGGAGUAGUUUAUUCUUGCUACAUGCAUGAAAAGUAGUUUGUGGCUUCUAUCUAAAUGACAGAAUUUCUGUGUUGCUAUAUGUGUGAAAGGUGCACUAAAAAGAAAAAUUAUUUGAGCUGCUGGGCUCACCCUAGAAAUUUUUGAGGGGUUGGAAUCUUGCGACUGAGGUCAAGGUACACAGGCCACUAGGCUUUCUCUUCGCCCCCACCGUUUCUUUUUUUUUUUAUACUACCAUUCUGUUAUAUUGAAUUGUUCACUCACCAAUUUGACAUUUUGGGCAUAUUAACGAAAGAUAUGCAAGCCAGCAAACAUCCCCAGGACGAGGAAAUGAACAGCUCACCACUGUCAAAAUAUGUGCAAAAAGCAUGCCGAUGAUUCAAAUCCUAGUCAGCUAACAGGAAUGCUCCCUGUGUCCAUGUCACAGCACUACCGAAUCGCACGCUAGUAUUUCCUCUUUUCCUUCGCUUUUUUUGUUCACUUUUGCACAGCAAAAUACAGCACUGUGGCUAUCUGAAGCAUGAUCCUUCAUGCUUUGUUUACACUUGAACAAAGGUAAAUUUAGGAGUACAGAAGGUGUGCAGGUCCUGUGGAAAAAGCGAGGCCCAUGCAAAUAGAUGUGCCCGCAGAACCAACCUGCUGCACCCAAUAAAUCUCCCCUACUUACAGUGGUUUUGAAAUGACAGCGUUGCGUCUACCACAGGGCGUCAACGGAAAGCUGCGCGCUCCACAGUGCCGUGGCACAUCCCGAUCCCCAAUUUCCUACCUAUUUUUGUUGACAGCACACUAGAAAUGGUGACGCGAUUUUCAUAGCUCUUACUUGACAUUUCUUUCUAAGGCAUUUUCACAUGUGAUAAAAAAACCCCUAAGGACCACGACAAAAAGAGAAGAAAAAAAUUGUAAUUAAAGGGCUGGGCAGUUAACCACAACGAUGAGCAGCAUUUCCUCAGCCACUUGUCAUGGGGAGAACCCCGAGCUGUAUUAGUAGUCCAUUAUUACCAUUAGGCAUGGUAAGCCAGAAGAGAUGCAAAAACCAGAGAUAGGUGGCGACAUUGUCUUCAAGUUUUUGCACCAGCUUGUUGUGACAUCAUGGAUUUUGAUGGCGUCUGCUCAGGCUUAAGUUCUUAUCGGCAUAUAUUGACUUAAUUGUUUCCCCAAGAAGGCAAGUACUGAACUUGGCAAAUUCAAGAAAUUUUACUAAGCCAUAUUGGCCCUGAUACAAAAUCUGUGACGUCACACUGACAUACCGGCGCUAGAGUUCCGGCCCUAAAUUUUAAAAAUUUUAACUUUAGCCUCCAUUUUCUCACGUAAUAACCUAUUCCUACAAAAUUAUUGAAAAUUUGAAUUUGAAAGAAUUCUUAAACAGCAUAAACUGUUUUUUCCCCUUUUUUUUUAGUGUCCAUUUGAAAGCAGCACAGGCUUUUAUGUCUCAAUGACAAUGUUUGUGUUUCACUAUAGAUGAGACCACCCUAUUUUACCCAAUAAGGAUGUGUAACCUUACUGAUCUUGUAAACGAUAUAUCAUUCUUUGUACAGCAUGCAGAGGAUUGUCUUUUCUUUUUUUUUUCCAGUUGCCCUUCAGUGGUAGCAAAGCCUUCACUGUCAUUUUGUCUGUGCACUUGCAAGUAAAAGUGGUCAUAAUGUUUUAUUAUGGUUGCCUUGAAGUUC